AUUGGGUAUUAAUUAAUUGAAUACUGAAUGAUAAUUCUCAAAAUAUUUCUCAACUAUGCAGCAUGUGGGGGAAUGUCUGAACAAAUAUAAAGUGUUUUGUAUAUGACUAAAUCAUCACAAUUCAUUCAAGUGACCAACAUCAACAAACAUUCAACAAAAUGUUCAAACUGACGAUCAUCGCAUUGGCCGUGUUCUCCUACGGAGUGUUAGCUACCCCAGAACCUGAAGCUAAGGCAGAGGCGAAACCCGGUGUCUUGGCCGCAGCUCCACUUGUAGCAACAGCUCCAGCUGUGGUGACAGCUACAAGCUCCCAGGCCUUUGUCAGAAACUACAACGCACUAGCCGCACCUUUAGUUGCUGCCCCUGUUGCAGCAGCUGCCUCCUAUGUGGCUGCACCAGGAGCUCCCUUAUUAGCUUCCCCCUACGUCACCGCCUACGCUUCUCCUUACUUCGCCGCUCCUUAUCUGAUCUGAGUUUCA